GCUUCAUCAGGACAACGAAGCUCUCCGACUCAUGCACAUCUGCACAGCUCUGCUGGCCUGGGGGGAGAAAAAAGUUUCCAAAGUUCACAUGGACACAGCGGUUAAUAUUGAAAACUAACUACAUUUUCGCACUUCUGUGAAGCCCGACAAGCCCUGAGGCUGAAAAAUCCAAAGCUGCUCAGCUCUCUCGGUGUCAACACUGGCUAUGUCUGGAAAAGUGUCUCAAAUUAAAGAAGCUUCGUCCUACCACUGAAAAGCCUGUGAACAAAUCCACACAUUCUUUAGGGAAAUCUUAUCUUCAAUGUUUCUUCUAAGGCAAAAGAUAACUCAGCAGCAAACAUCUCAUAGAGAUGUUGCUCCAAGGGUCUGGGGACCAUGGCCAUCUUCAAACAGCAAAUCUGAUGAUGUUAAACGACAGAAGAGAUGCAAAGGCAACCGAGAAGAGAAACUAUCUUCUGCAGAGCACCUCCGCAAACAUACCACCACACACUUUGGCUACAGCACCCUCAGGCUGUCCAUGAGGGGCCUGGUUGAGGCUCCAGCUGACCUGUGGGAGCUCCAUGAGCUAGACAAGCUCAACCUAUCCAUUAACAAUUUAUGCUCUCUACCUUCUGGCCUGGGAAAUCUGAAGAACCUUGUGGUGCUCAAUAUAUGGGGGAAUGAGUUGGAGAGACUUCCCCCUGAGAUCGGGCUCCUUCAGAACUUAAAGGUACUGUUUGCCUACUGCAACCGCCUCAGUGAGGUGCAUGAGGAAUUGAGCUACUGUGUCAAACUCGAGGUUCUCAGACUUGCCAACAACCAGCUGACAGGGCUUCCAGGUAGCUUAGUCUCCAUGCAAAGACUGGCCAAGCUAAAUUUGAGCUACAACCGUAUGUCACAUGUCCCCACUUGCAUCUACGCAAUGAAAGCCCUUGUGUUCUUGCAUAUGGCUUAUAACGUCCUGGAGAACAUUGCCAACCAGAUCCAGGAAUUAUCCAACCUCAAGAUUCUGAUAGUGGAAGGCAACAACAUUCACACUCUACCCCGGACUCUGUGCUAUUUGACUGACCUGAAGCUCCUUAAUGUCAACUUUAAUGACCUGCAGAAUGUCCCUGCAGAAAUAUACAUGCUCAAGAACCUCAAAAGGUUGGCAUGUCAUCCACUUGAUAAGGGUUUGCAUAUUGUCCAUAAUCCACUCUUGAAACCUCUACAAGAAGCGCUCCAGGGAGGACUGGAUGCUUUGUGUAACUACCUCAAACAUGCCUGAGAAAUUGUGACAGAAGACACAAACUGCCACUUUACCUAAAAGCAUAGGUUGCCAUCCCUGGUCCUGGUGUAUUUUCUGUUUAGCACAUUUUAUUUAUUUCUCUGCUCAAACACCCACUUUAUUUGUGGAAGAACAGUUAAUGAGCCAUAACACUAAAAUGUACAUGACAAAGGUUACUCCAGACUAAGGGAUAAAAACCUUUAUUAUGAAGUGUAAAGCUAAAAUAAAAUAAUAUUCCCUGGUGUUUCUACAGCAUUUGCAAAUGAUCAGGUUUGAAUCGCUGCAGUGAUUUAGUCACUGAACUAAACUAAUAUUUGAAACGUACAGCAAAUUUUACUCAUGUGGAUUAUCAGUGUAUGUUUGAGUAUUUAAUGUGCUUAUCGUGGAGUAUUUAUUGAAGCUCAUGGAGGCUUCAAUUGUUACAAGUAUUUCAAUCCACACCAGUGUUAGUGGUGCUCGCUUACACUCUGACUGAAACAUUAGACUGGAUAACUCGUGGGCAUUGGGAUCAGUGGUUGUUGAACUUGGUGGCUCUUGGCACAACCCAACCCAAUGUCCAAGGACUAUCAAGGCCAAUGCUUGAUGACAACCGAUCCUGAAGUCCAAGGACACCUUAGCAAUUGAAGUCCAAAGUGUAUCCGGUACAAGGACCACUCAGUCCAAUGUACUCACUGUAUUAAAAACCACCUAUCCCAGUGCUCAAUCACGAGCCAGUCCAACACCUAAAUUUGUAAAAUUCCUAAGCACAAGGACGCAGCCCAAUACCAAGGCUACCAAGCAAAACAAAUACUAUAUUUGUGAGAUCACUGUUUUUAAAAAUCACACUAUCCUCAUGUUGUGACAAUGCUAACUAUUGGUAAGUAUUUCUAUGAUAACUGAUAAAUAUUAAUAAAUCACAUUACGUAUACUGCUGGCUGUUUUAAUCAGGAGACGCUAAGCAUUAGGCACAUUUACUGUUUGUAUGUCCUUUUCAAGGACAACCGUUUAAUACGCUAGUAAUUAUGGAAAUAAAAUUAAGCUUUAAACUGCCGUUUGACUUAUCAACCACACGAGUGAACGAUCUAUAACACUGAUUUUAAUUAUAAUUUCUUGUUUAGAAAUGCGAGUAUGGUUUAUUAAUUGUACUGUAAGUUGAGACAGAAUCAGUCAAACCCGUCAAUGAAUGUUGUGUAACCCAUAACAUGUGUUGUCCUUUUGUCAACCUGGGUUAUAAGAGUAGCAUCUCUAUUUCAGUCUUGUGUUUUAGUCCUGUUAAAGCUGUGAGCUUAACACCACACAGCUUUUAUCACAGGUCAGGAAAGUUCUAGACCACUUGAUCCUACUUUGCCCAACACACUCAAACACAUAUAUUGCUGUAUUUAUGGCUGAUGUUAUUGAACCAAACACUGCAGAUGCUGAACUUUAAAGAAUGG